AGUGGGUAUUUCAACUCCUUUCUCUACAUUUGGGCUGGCAGAGUAUCGUAGCCAUGGGGGGAACCAAUGGUAAACCAUUGACAUCACCGUCAUGCGGUGAGAGUGGAAAGCAGGUCUUUAGGUCCGCACACAUAUCCUAGGUGUGAUAUGAAGAAGUAAUGAUGGAUUACAUGUUCUCUAGUACCCCAAAGAAGAGCGCCUCUCUGAAACAACCAGGCUUACAAAUACAGACCAAUGUUAUCCCUGAGCUGUACUUAUGCAGCAGUAACAGACUACAGACAGACAGAGAGACAAAUCGACAUGAUCCAAGGGGAGAUGACAGUUUUGGUCUCAGUCAUCUGGAUCAUUCAGGAAAAGUGCAACAUUUUAUAUCCGAAGAUAGAACAGAAAUCUCUUCUAAGAGAUGUAUCCGCCAACCUGACAAAGAUAUGUACAGAAGCCAAGAUACAGAGAAUACAGGAACUAUUUCAAAGAUGAGGCUAAAGCAGCAUGGCCAUAAAUUUACCAGAAGCACCCCAGCUGUCAAUAUAACAGUGCAACCACCAUUUCUAGGUCAAAUACAUUUGACAAAUUUUGGUUCAUUAAGUUGUGUCAACAGUGAUUACACUGACAGCUCAGAUCACUGUCCGCUUGACUCCAGUGACUUGUCAAGCCCUGAUCACUUGUCUACUCAUUCAAGGUCUGGCUUCUUGAAUAACUGUCCGAGACCAGAAAGAUGUUUUGAGGAUGAUAUCAGUUGUACAGAUAGUAGUCAUAGGAGUCUUCAGGAUAUGUUAUAUUCCAGAGAAUCUGGAUAUCACAGCAUUUCCUUUCCUUACCAACAGCAUCAACACAAAACCCCUGAUUUACAUUCCAAUCUCACUUUGCCUCAUCUUCACUCGCAUAUUGGCAUUGAUAGUUCUUAUGGUUGUCCACUAGAACAGACAAAUUAUGAGGUUUGUCAUCAGAAACAGGAGAAAUCUACAUAUCCCGUACAUGUCAAAAAAAAGAAAGAUUACAAAAACAGACAGCAGCAGCAGACCAAUAUUCUGACAAACCUGCCCAAGUCCCAGACAUCAGCUGAGCGUGCUAUCAGGCUGAUAGAUCUCCUCUACCACACUGACCCCACAAACUGCUACAAUAAUAUCAUUUUGGCCAGGUGGUUUAAGCAGUGGCACAACAAUGUCCAGAAGAUUGUCUCCAAACGACAGGCAUAUUCUCAUAAGUUGUAUCAAGCCCAUUCUAUUGAGCGCACUGUAAUGAUUAAGAAGUACUUGGCCCUUUGGAGGGAGCAGUACCAAGCAAAACUGAACAUGGCCAAAGCUGCAGACUUAUGUCAGUUCCACCUGGCGAGGAAAGCUGUUAGGGCUUUGAAAUGGGCAUUGUGGAGAGGCAUUCGGGAACAGGAAGCCGCGAUCAGCACCAGGAUAACAGGCCUCACCAGGCGACACUUUUCACUUUGGAAGCAGAAGUUUGACAGAAGAAAGGAAGCAAGAUGGCAGUUGAAGUUUUCCUCAUGGCAAAGAGACUCUGAACUGAGGAUAAGAUGUCAUCAGUUUGAACAUGAAUAUAGAGAACGUGUGGUGGUGUGUAAGGCCUUCAGUGUGUGGAAGACUGCUAUGAUUGAAGCCGUGAUGUGCCGUAAGGCUGAUAAUCACUACAGAAGUCAUGUUUUUAGGGAAGUGGUCCAUAACUGGUGUCUUAUCACUGCAAACAGACGAGUGAGGAAACUUCAGAAGCGUCUGACAAGAAAGAUGAAUGAGAGAAGGGUGAUGAUCCCCGUGUUUUACAGGUGGCACAUGUUGUUCAUGGACUGCCAAGAUGCUAAAGCCUUCAACAGAGGAAUGUUGUUGACUAAAUCAUGGAGGUUGUGGAGGACUCGUUACUCUGACUUCGUCACACAUUUGAAAAAGUCAGUUGCAGUUGCUGAUCAGUUCAGGAGUCUCUCUCUCUGUCUAACCACUCUUAACACCUGGAAAAGACGCCUGCUAGAGGUCAAGGUUCAGCAUAUCUACAAGCUGAAGACCAUGAGGAAUUGCUGGCUGCUAUGGAAACAGCACUUCUUGAUAAAGAGCUAUAGGAGAGCACAAAGUGAAAGAUUGCAGAAACUUAACGUCCUGUUGAAGCUUAAGUUGAAUGCUCAGCUGUUGAAGCAGAGUAGGACAGCUGUAUGUCAUGUCAUAGAUUCAGUUCUGGCAAGGAAAGUCUUUCACAGAUGGAGGCGCUACUGCCAGAGUAGAAAGGAAGAAAGGUUUGCCGUGAAGAGACAAGAAAGGCUCCUGAAAAUUGAAGGGUUGAAGAGGUUGGAGCAAGAGAUGAAAAUGAUAUCAAGCUAUCUGAAGCUCAAAUGGGCUUACAUUCACUGGCUUCACAGAAAACAGAUAAAGGAAGCAAAUGAUGAAGCAAUGGUCAGAGCUUUCUUCACAGAAUUGGAGACUAGGCAAAAGCGCUGCAUCUGGACAGCCUGGACUAACUUAACUCAGAGGUCUCUUGGUAUAAAGUCUUUCAUUGUAUCAGUGAAAAGAAGACAACUUUACCAAGCAUUCACUGGAUGGAGACGAGUGGUUGUCCGUAAAAAGAAAUUCUUGGGUCACCUGAAGUACCAAGCUGUCCAAACAACAACAACAGCCUUCCUCACUUGGAGAAUUUUGUUUUUAUCAAGAGUUCAAACAAGAGAGUGUGAAAAGAUCUGGUCCAAAACAUUGCUCAAGACCUUCUUCCAUCGUUGGGUCUCCCAGUUCAAUUUGAGAAAUUUGUCAGCAACUUUUCGAAGGAAGAUGUUGUUAAAAAGGGCUUUUGUGACUUGGACUGCUGAUUUCCACCACAGGCUUCAGAUCCAGUUGGAGAUUGAUGAAUCAAGGAGGCUCUCUGAGAUGAGGAAGUGUUUCAGUAGACUCCAGAUGUACAAGGUUGGACAGCGCAAGAAGAGGGAAUUAUCAUUCAGUGGCUGGGAGAGGCAUGACCAUUAUCUCAAACGCAAGGCUUUAUCCAGAUGGAAAUACAGUCUGGGAGAAAAGCGGCUGAUUUUCCAGCACAUAACCUCCAAAGCCAAGAACAACAGUGAUUUUCCUUUGAUACGCACUGGACAGGAAAUACAGACCAGGGUUCUGAUGAACAGUCUGAGAAGAUCCUGGGAUACUUGGGUUCAGCUGUUCAUCAAAACCAGAGUGUGCCGGCUGUUCCUUGCUGACAAACUGUGUGAAAGAUAUUUUCACACAUGGAUCACAAAUGUGAAGAAUCAGGCAGAAGUGGAAAGUAAGCGGACAGAGAAAAUUUACAGAACUCGACAAAUGAGAAAUGCAUUUGAAAAAUGGCAGUUACGUUUAAUUGGACUAGAAGAUCAUCACUUGAAGCUGAAACUAUACUUGUACUACAGGACUACACCCAUCCUGAGGCACUACUGGGAACUGUGGAAGAAAUUUUUGUCUCAGAACAUUAAUAAGAGGAAAGUCGAAUUGUCUGUCCAGAUGAAAGCUUUUGAUGGAUGGAGAAAGUGGUCAUCAGAGAAGUCUGAUCGAGUGAUGAGGUGCCGAGCUUUACAGCGGGCCAUUCAGGACCGUAGAACCAAACAUCUUUUUGAGUUCUGGAAGAGGCGUUACUUUUCCCAGCGUCUUCUGGUAUCAUAUGAAGAUGGAUUACUGAUGACUCGAUCGUUCAAUACCUGGAAUGACAUGGUGGCCCACCUGAACCUCCUGGAGCGCUUGUCAAGCAUGUUUGUGAGCACACAGGGUAAAACCCUGACCUGGAAGACCCUCAUGAUCUGGAGGGACAGCCUGCACCGGAAUCAGAUUCUAUCCCAGUCAAGAUGGCUCAUGGAACACCAGACAAAGAUUCACAUGAAGAGAGCAAUCUUCCUCAGGUGGAAACAGAAAUGGCUGUUAGUUAUAGCUGGCAACCACAACAAUGCUGCACAGAUCAAGAGGUAUUUUAACAAAUGGAAAUCUCACAUGGACUCUACAAGGUCUAAAUAUUGACACUUUUGAUGCAUUCAGACUACAGAUACAUGUCUUGUCAUCAGUUGGUUCUUGGGUUAAAUUUCAAGGAGUAAAGACUGCUUUGUCUUUUGUGUCUCUUCAUAAUUAUUCUUUCAAUUUUCUUUUUUAGUCAGGAAACAAACACAUGUUGUACAACUGUAAGGAUUGUUAUGUUGAAAAUAAUUUAUUGUCAUUGGAUUUUUCAGUUUGUAGAUGAAAUAGUGAAUUGCCUCAUAUUUGUAAGAAAGUACAUAUGGUGCCACUUUCCACUGUUAACUUGACUCUUUUCUGUUUUGUAUCUGUAUAUGGUGUUGUCUAGGGUAGAAUGCACCUAAAGAAUGACAAAUCAUAUAGAAAAAAAAAUGCUGAGAAAAGCAGAUUUAUUAAAGUUUCAAAGUGGGCACUACCCUAUACUUUUUGUUUUAAACUAAUUCAUUUUAAACCAGGUACUGGCGAGAAACCUGUUUAAUGAACUUAAUGAACUGAAUGUGUGCAGAAUCUAGCGCAGAGGGAUAGGUGUGUAUUGACUCCUUACAAGAUGCAGUCGUGUGUUGGGGGAUUGAUAGAUGUGGUUAGCAUGGGUUGUCAUCAUAUCCUAACUUAAUGAUUUUCAAGGGCAUGAUAUUAGAUAUAUCUUGCAUAUGUUUGCCAGCUUUCUCAGUGUGAAGUUGCAAAGUAGUAUUUGUUAAUGAAUGUUAAUGGUUAUUUGUUGCAUUAUUGUUGUGUUAAUGUUAUAGUUAUUUUUGUUCAUCUUUUUAUAAUUAUAAUUGUUUAUAAACUAGUAAUUAGUACAUGUACUAGUAUUAUCUGGUGCCCAAAAAAUUUAUGUCGUAGUGGUAAACUAUAAAUAUAUACAUUUACAUAUUUCAGCACGUUACUGAUAUUUAAGCGUGGUUGUGUUGGAGAAUAAAAAAACUAUGUACGAAGAUCUUAGUGAAUGCAACAUCAGCAGAAAGUUGUGCAAAAUGUUCUCAAAAAUUCUGUUCUGGAACAUAUAUGUAUCAUGUGUGAAAUAAAGGUGUCUGAAAGUUUGGUUCUAUGGCAGCGUAUUGAGGUUUCACUUUGUCAAAACACCUACGCUGCACAAAACAUGGUGUUGCUGGAGGAUAAUGAGCACAAGAUGAUUGGAAGUAAGCCAUAUAUGUGCAGGAGGAUCAUUGAAGGGUGGGGAAAGGAUGACAGAAUUACGGAAUAACCUUCAAGUUUAUGCAGAAGUGGUAAAGCUACUGCUGGUUUUACCAUCACAAACUUGAAUUUUAUUGGCAAGCUCCCAAACACAUACCAGUGUUACAUGUGAAGCAGCCAGCCAU